GAGCAAGAAGCCCGCAUUCCGCCUUUGCUGUUUGGAGAGAGUAGGAGCACAAGCGGGAGGGAAGAUCGCAGCUGUAAGAUGACGCUGGCCUGAUAUUUAUCACUGUAUAUCUCUACAGGAGAGCCGUCUUGGGUUGUAAAGAUGCUGAAAGUGACCCUAGCAAGAUGCUUGCAGCUGUGUGUCUCUGCAGUCCUGGUGUCCAGACUUGAAGGCAGCAGGGUGUCGGCGCCGGCAAAGGUGGAGGCGGUGGUGGGCAAGCCCUUCACCUUGACCUGCAUGCUGGUGAAGAAGGGCCCUGGGGAGUCGUUGUCGCAGGUGCGCUGGGUGGACCCCCAGAACCAGACGCUGAUCAGUUACGUACCUGUCAACGUGGACAGCGUGAGCGGGCAGCAACACGUGGAGAUGGUCUCCUCGCCUGGCGACUCCAGCCACGUCAGCAUCAAGCGCGUCAGCUACCGUGACGAGGGCUGCUACACCUGCAUCUUUGACGUGUACCCCUCUGGCUCCAAGGAGGGCAUCACCUGCCUCACAGUCACAGGGGUCGUGACCCACGGGGGCAACAAGACGGCGGUGAGCGGGAAGCUGGCCACUCUCGACUGCCACUUCGGCCUGCCGGAGAAGGUGCAGCAGGUGUUGUGGCGCCGGAGGUUGGCACCGUCGGAGUGGCGCGACGUGGCGUCCUUCGCACGCGACGCCGAGCCCGAGACCAAGGAGGAGUACCAGGACCGGGCGAUGAUCUCGGACUCGCUGUCCCACUCGGAGCUGGCGCUGAGGCCCGUGAGGGUGGAGGACGAGGGGUGCUACGCCUGCGAGUUCCACACGUACCCGGACGGAACCAAGAGUAGCACCGCCUGCCUGACCGUCUACGUCCUGCCCAAGCCCCAGGUGAGCUACAAGAGCACGUCUCCGGGGGUGAUCGAGGCCAACUGCACAGCCGUGUCGCGGCCCGCCUCGGAGAUCGUCUGGAACGUGGAGGGCAACAACCGGACCAUGGGGGCGCCAGUGACGACGGCCCAGCCGCUGGACGACGGGACCACGCUGGUCAUCAGCACGCUCGUGGUGCAGUCGGGCCUACUGAAGGACGUGUCCGUCAAAUGCCUGGUUCACCACAAGGGCCUGGAGUCGGCCAUAGCUGUGUCCAUGAACACUAAGAUCGGGACAGCUCUUACCAUCCUGAUCUCCGUGACGACGGUGGCUUUUCUGCUAGUCCUGUCUCUGUGCUUCUGUCUGUGGAAAUGCUUCCUACGCAAAGAGGUUGAUUGAAAUGCCUGACCGAUUUGAGGUCGGACAAAAGAGGUCGUCUGAGGCUCAACACAUGCCCAGUUCACAGUGCCUGUCACUGAAACCCUACUUGCCUGAUCACCUGAACUGCCAGACAACAUUAUCUAAUGUUAGUCUAUUCAUGUCUCAUGUGGACCAAGAACCAAACACUAUCAGGAAUGGAGCGGAACACAGCAUAGCAGAACGUAGAUUAGAGAGGCCUUAUUUUCCGAGAAGAGAAAAACAAAACAAUCCAUCCGUUGGAGAAAAAAAAAAAAAAAACUUUCCCAUCCGAAUGAAAAAGGAAACUCGAUGAUGCAUUGCCCUCUGAUAUAGCAAGCUAACCAAAGAUUAACAUAAUAAAUAGGCUGCUUAUUGUUUCUGUAGUCGACAGCUCUGCUAUUUCAGCUCCACUGAAUAUGACAUCAUCAUUUGGGAGAGUUUAUACGAUGAUGGUGGUUUUACAGUGGGUGCAGGCAUGUAUUUAUAACUUUAGACAAUGUUCCUUUAUUGUGUGGUAAAUGUAUCACAAGACACCAUUCACUGACACUCUGAGAAGAACUUAAGUUCAGUGAAAAAAACAUGCUAGUCAAAAAUAUCAAGGAAAACAUUAUAACAAUGCUCUUACAUGUAAAAGUAUAGCAAUGCCCCUAAUAUCUAAAAUUUAAACCCCCCCUGCUAUGCUGCUGUGAGUAUUUAAUGAAGUUAAUUAAAGGUCAUUGCUUCUAUGCAGCAUAUGAUAUAGACGUGGCAGAUACCUAUAAUACACUAUAUUCAUAAUAAUCAUCGCUAGAUCUUUGGCAACUCAUUCCUCCAGCCUGCCCUGUUUACUGCACCAUAUGACCCUGGUCUGUCUUUGCAGUCUGUAUGCUCUGAUUUAGCUCAAAGGUCAUAGGUUCGGGUGUUUGCUGGUCACCCUGAUUUUCCAGUAAGGGCUGACCGAGUCCAGGGAGGGCCCUCUGGAGAGAAUGCAUUUACAGCUGAAUGUUUCGCUUCAGUAUGGACCCUUUCAACAAUAAAAACAAAAACAAUGCUUGAACGUUCUAUUUGGGCCCCAAUCUACUUCCUCUGCAUUAAGAUAACAUAUGGAAUGUUAAAAAGGAAGUCUUGUGGGGCCAACUAUGAUGCUGAUAAUGGAACUCUCUUGAAAGGGUCCAUUUGAAGAUAUUGAAAUACACAGUAUGAUGCCUUGUUUCUGCAAUGAUGGGACCACGUUGUGUGUGUGUGUGUGUGUGUUUGUGUGUGUGUGUGUGUGUGUGUGUGUGUGUGUGCGUGCACAUGUGUGUGUGUUUCUAAGCAGGUACCUGGUUUGCCUACUUCAGUAAAAGCAUGUUACGAUCUCCAGUGCCAUACUGUAGAUAGUGUUUGUCUAUACUCGAUUUGUCUUUGGUAGGUAAAUGUGGUUGUUCUCUGGACCUCACACAUUAUGCACUUCAAUAUAUUAGCUUUUCGAAGGGAAGUUGCCUAAAUAUGAAGAUAAGUAAUAAUACCUUCACUCGCACACAAUGCACUAAAGAUGGCAGACUUUGCUGUUUUGGAAAAUGAUUUUCAAGAUGGAAGGAAGGCAGCAAGUGUAGUUGAUAUCGCUCUGCGUUUGCUGUACGUAUAAAAGUGUCCUCCCUCCUGCCUAAUGUAUCAGUGGCCUUUGCCAACUUUCGAUAGCACAUGACUUGGGAGAGAGGCAGAAAUAAUCUGCAGUUCUUUUUUUAAUGCACCAUUUCUCUGUGUUGUCUUUUCUAUGUCUUGCAGUGAAUUAUGCGCUUUUCAUAUAAACUUUGAUGCAUAAUGCUACUUCUGUCUAACUGUCGUUUGCAUGAAGGGUGCAGUGUAAUUCAUUGACCUCUCUGAAAUGCCAACUGCAGGCUUUUGCAGCCAUAUGAAGAGCCAGAUAAAAUAGUAUGAACGCCAGACACUACGACUCUGAAGGACUGUCAGCUGAUGAACCCAUUCAUCCAUCCAUCUCUCCCUCCUUCACUCACUCACUCACUCACUCACUCACUCACUCAAACAUUCUUCACUAAAAAUGUCAUGUGUAUACCAAUACCUUCCAGUAUUAAUGUGCACACUGUAUUGUUAUGUGAGGGAUGUGUGGUAUAUAAUGUAUCAGUUUAAUGUGUAAUGGGUGAGUGUGAAUGAACACAAAUAUGAAAUAAAAUGUUUUAUUGUGUUGA